AUGCCUAGACAAAGAAGAUCCGCUCCAGCCCCAAGAACUCAAACCAGAUCAGCACAUACUGCUGCUGCUCCAGCACACUCCAGCUAUCCAUCAGCUCAUCCACCAUCAGCAGCCUCCCAUCCAGUUCAACAACAAAGUCAAGGUCCAGGGUUAUUUGGACAAAUGGCUUCUACCGCUGCUGGUGUUGCUGUUGGUUCCACUAUUGGUCACACUUUAGGUGCCGGUAUUACUAGUAUGUUUGGUGGAUCUAGUGCUCCAGCUGAAGCCCCUCCAGCACAACCUGCUCAAUCCAAUUAUCAAGAACAAUCUAGAUCUUGUGAUGUUGAUGCAAAGAAUUUCACUAGAUGUUUAGGUGAUAACGAUGGUAAUAUGCAAAUUUGUGACUACUAUUUACAACAAUUAAAAGCUUGUCAAGAAGCUUCUAAACAUUAUUAAAGAAUUUAUAUAAAAUUAACCUCUGUUUUCAUAAAAUUUCAUGUAAAUAUUUAUCUCCUAUUUAUUAUGUUUAUUAUUUAAUGCAUUUUUAAAGU